AUGACACGAGCUGGUUCACAACAAGCCACUGCUGACCUUACAGCAGAGGAUGUAUUGCAAGCAUUGGAUACGAGCGAGGAGUGGAUAACUCAUGAAGCUUUGCAGGAGUUAUACCUUGUGAGGCUCAAGUGCAUCGGCUUUGACCAUGCAUUGGAUCAGCGCAUUAGAGAUGAGGUGUCUCGCAUGACACAUGACAAAAAUAAAGUGGAUUGCCCUUCAAGCACCGCUGACUUCAAAAAGAAGACUGGUUCAGUGAAGAAGAAGAAUCAAAACUGUGGGGAAAAUGGGCAAGAAACCAAGAAAUCACAUGAUACUGCACUUCAGAUGACGACUCAAUGCUCGACAAUUGUUCCUGACCCAAGGGCAGCUUGGAUGACUCAUGAAGCUUUGCAGGAGUUGUACCUUGCAAGGCUCAAGUGGAUUGGCUUUGACCAUGCAUUGGAUCAGCGCAUUAGAGAUGAAGUGUCUCGCAUGACACAUGACAAAGCUAAAUGGAUAACUCAUGAAGCUUUGCAGAAGUUGUACCUUGCGAGGCUCAAGUGCAUUGGCUUUGACCAUGCAUUAGGUCAGCGCAUUAGAGAUGAGGUGUCUCACAUGACACAUGACAAAGCUCAAGUGGAUUGCCCUGCAAGCACUGCUGACUUCAAAAUGAAGAAGACUGAUGAAGUGAAGAAGAGGAAUCGAAACUGUGGGGAAAAUGAGCAAGAAACCAAGGAAUCACAGGGCUGCAUAGGAGGAAUCACAGUGUCCGCAUCUGCUUAUCCUUCGUACGACUUGCCUUGUGUCGAAUAG